AAUGUGAUAUUUUGAUCCCUGAUUUUCUUUCAGGUAAUAGUAAGUGGAAAGCUCAGGGCCCAGCGAGCUAAAUCCAUGAAGGUCAAGGAUGGAUACAUGAUUUCUUCUGGUCAGCCAGUAAAGGAAUACAUUGACUCUGCAGUGAGGCAUGUUCUCCUUAGACAGGGUGUUCUUGGAAUCAAGGUCAAAAUUAUGUUGGACUGGGAUCCAAUGGGGAAGCCAGGGCCAACGACUCCACUUCCAGAUCUUGUCACUAGCCAUCCACCAAAGGAUGAAGAGGAAUACAUGAGACCAGCCGUUUUGGUGCCUGCGGAGAUACCCAUUGCAUGACGACGAGUGUUUGCUUCA